GAGGGGGGCGAGCGCAGCGGCGACGGCGCCGCGAUCGCGGUCGAGUCAGCUGCAGACCGCCAUAGUGGCGAUCUACCAGCCACCCAGCCUGGGUCACCUACACGGGCGACUCCUUUGACGUCGGCCACCGAGCGGCCCCUGCAGGCGAACGAAGUGGCAGCUCUGAAUUGCGUGGGGAAUGCUAUUGCGGACGUCGCGGUCGCGGUCUCGCAGACCCCCACUUCGCAUGCCAUCGCCCAGCUCAAGCCAGCAGUCACCGAGCUUGUGAAUGCUACCCUGGGGGCGCUGACCGCGCUCGCGGCGGAGGACGCAGUGGCGGGCCAGGCUGAGGGAGGAGCUGAUGUGAUCGCUCUUGACGAGGAGGUACCCACGAUUGCAGCGCCCGAUGACGCGGCGCCCGCGGAGGAGGCGGCGCCCGCGGAGGAGGUGGCGCCAGCGGAGGAGAUGGCGCCGGCGGAGGAGGUGGCGCCGGCGGAGGAGAUGGCGCCGGCGGACGGGAGGCCGCCUGCGGGGGAUGGCGCGCCCGCAGAUGGCGCGCCACCCGCGGUGGCGCGGGGCGAUGCAUCGCUUGCGGAUGAGGGGGCGCCUGCGGAGGAGGUGGCGCCUGUAGACUGCGUGUCCCCCGAGGUGAUGCAGGGAGAUGCAGCGCAUGAUGGCCAGGCGCGCCAGCGCGGCCCAGAUGAAUCGAUCGACGAUGCGCUUUCAGAGCUGCUGUCCGAUGAGGACUUGACCAUCUGGCAGCCGCAGCGGCCUGCUCAGGAGGGCGAGCCAUCUGCGGCGGUGGUGCAGCUCGCACCAGCCAACGUGGCCACCGAUGCCUCGGUGAUUCCGUGGAGCCCGCCCACCGCUGACGUCGACAGCGGCCUGGGCUGCUUCAUCGAUAGCGGCACCAUGGCAAGCGUGUUCGCGCAGAUGAGUGCAUUACCAGAGGUCUUCGACAAGCUGUGUCAUGACGGCGUUCGCGUCGGUACUGGGUUCAGCGGCAGUAACGUGAUUCAGGUGGUAACUCAUGCACUGACGGAUUGCUGGGCGGUCAUCCACGCGGACGAUUCCACUGUUGAGUUCGCAUAUUGUUGGCACUGCGACAAUGCGGCGUUCCCCAGAGAAUUCCUUCUGACCGAAUGGUCGCCUGAGUACUUGUUUGAGGACAUGAAAGACAUGCACCACAUGAGUGCCAAGUGCUUGGUCCACGGCAGCGUCGUUGAGAUCCCUGCGGUGGACAUGGUGGCGUUCGGCUUCGUAUGCAAGGCCAUGGACCACGGCAGCUUGACUAAGCGCGAUCGCCUUUACAUAUUCUGCUUCAAGAUCGACGGCCGCGACAACCAGAGCAUGGCUGACGCUGCAACAUCCGCAAUUGCGUCCUUAGUGAUCAGGGAGAAAACGGACCAACCACCCCGCCUCGGUCGGUUGCCAGGGUCACUGCCGCCGCAGGAUAUGAUCCUUGGGCCGCUGGAUGCGAUCCCCAUUGCCACGGACAUGCAGCUGGUCAGGCAGAGGCACGAGAAUCAUUCCUGGGAUGGCGGCCUCCUGGGCGACUUCAUGAACGCCAACGCCGGCGACUUGUACCCCCCGACCGUCAGCAGAUACGGUGAGUGCUUCAUGGCUGCGACCGUGAAUUUGACCACGCGGCAGGUCGAGUUAUUGGCGUUCCUCGAGGAGACAGAGCCCUGGCAUGAGACUCCUGGUGAAGCGCAGUUCCUGGACAUAAACCAGUCGCUGAAGUUCCUCACAGGUGCUGACGGCCGCAGGAAGGCGUACAGGCCGUUCUGCCCCGCCCUUGCUUGUACCUCUGUGAUAUUCGCCCGCAUCCGCCUGAGGGGCGGCAGCAAGGCAUUCCGCCACAUCGCGAACACCUACCUCAUGAGGCUCAUCGGCUACGGGGACCCGGAGCAUGGGCAGUACAACGACGCCGACAUCGCGAAGCUCGCUGGGAACGCCUUCAACGGCUUCGCGCUCUCGGCCGCCAUCACGGCCAUGAUCAUCGGCGUCGGCUCGAAUCACACAUGA